UUAAUUAUUCAGAUUCGGGCGACAUUAGCUCUGCCUCUGAGGAUGGAUUAGAUGCUUUUAAGUUUUCUCCUGCUGGCAAUGGUGCUUUUGUUAUAAUACUAAGCAAUUAUUAAUUGCUAUUUUAUUUUGUUUUUUUGUUUAAGCUUCUUCUUAAGCUAGUAGAGAAAAUCUGAAAGAGAUGGAAUAGGAGAGCUUUUUCCAAUCAUAAGAUUCUUUCUUUUUCAGUUCGGAUCUCUACUUCGGGUUUCGGAUGCUCCGGUUUUAGUACUCUUUUGACUAUCUUGACUCUCCGUUGUUUGUUAAUGGAAUCGUCGGAGGUACAUAAGUCGACAGACUCGUCCGCGUUGGACGUGUCCGCUCGGGGAUCCUCAACACCCGACGUAGCGCUCGAGCGAGUUCUAUCUCUUUUGAAAUCUCACCGGGACAGGAGCUCCGUUUCUCUGGUCUGCAAGGACUGGUACAACGCGGAACGGUGGUCGAGGACUCACGUUUUCAUCGGAAACUGUUAUUCCGUCUCGCCGGAGAUCGUCGCACGGCGGUUCCCAAAAAUCCGGAGCGUGACGUUGAAAGGGAAGCCUAGGUUUUCCGACUUCAACUUGGUGCCGCAGAAUUGGGGGGCUGAUAUCCACGCGUGGCUGGUCGUUUUCGCGGCUAAAUAUCCGUUCCUCGAAGAGCUUAGGCUUAAGCGAAUGACAAUCAGCGAUGAAAGCUUGGAGUUUUUAGCGGUUUCUUUCCCCAACUUUAAAGCUCUCUCGCUUUUAAGCUGCGACGGUUUUAGCACUAACGGACUCGCUGCCAUUGCCACUCACUGCAAGAACUUGACUGAGCUCGACAUACAGGAGAAUGGCAUUGAUGAUAAAGGAGGUAGUUGGUUGAGCUGCUUCCCUGAAAGCUUCACAUCAUUGGAAGCACUGAACUUUGCCAACUUGACCAGUGAUAUUAAUUUCGAUGCUCUUGAGAGGCUUGUAGGUAGGUGCAAGUCAAUGAGGGUUUUAAAGGUCAACAGGAGCAUAUCCUUGGAACAAUUACAAAGACUUCUUGUUAAUGCUCCUCAAUUGGCAGAGCUUGGUACGGGCUCCUUCUCACAAGAACUUUCUUUCCGCCAAUAUGAAGAGCUUGAAAGCACAUUAGAUAGUUGCAAGAAUAUACAUACACUAUCGGGUUUGUGGGAGGCCAAGGGCUUAUAUCUCCCUGCUUUAUAUUCUCUGUGCAUGCAUCUGACUUUCUUGAACUUGAGCUAUGCUCCUUUGCAAAGUGGUGAACUCGCUAAGCUUCUUGCUCACUGUCCACAACUUCGACGCCUUUGGGUCUUGGACACAGUAGAAGACAAAGGACUGGAGGCCGUUGGAUUGAACUGCCCUUUGCUUGAGGAACUUCGAGUUUUCCCUGCUGAUCCCUUUGAUGAGGAUAUUAUCCAUGGAGUCACUGAAGCUGGGUUUGUUGCUGUGUCUCAUGGUUGCCCAAGACUCCACUAUGUCCUCUAUUUUUGUCGGCAGAUGACUAAUGCAGCUGUAGCAACCAUUGUCACAGAAUGCCCGAUUUUACGCAUUUCGUUAUGCAUAAUGGACCCAGGUCAACCAGAUUAUCUCACAAAUGAACCAUGGAUGAAGCUUUCUGGUGCAGUGGUUAAGACAUGCACUAAACUCCAGAGGCUUUCAGUUUCGGUCCUUAACGAUCUGACAUUUGAGUAUAUUGGUAGGUGCAAGAACUUGGAGACCCUUUCAGUGGCUUGCGGCAGCAGUGACGGGAUGCAGUGUGUUUAAGGUUGUCCAAAACUAAGGAAACUUGAGAUAAGAGACUGCCCAUUGAAUGCAGCACUGUUUCAGGUUUGGAAGUAUGAGUCCAUGAGGUCACUUUGGAUGUCAGCUGCCAAUGUGACAAUGAAUGCUUGUAGGCUAUUGGCGAAGGAGAUGCCCAGAUUGAAUGUUGAGGUGAUGAAGGAAGAUGGAAGUGCUGGUAUUCAAGCAGAUAAAGUAUAUGUUUAUCGUUCUAUUGCAGGCCCAAGGAGGGAUGCGCCACCAUCUGUGCUUACUCUCUGAAAUGCUUGCUGUAAAAAGUUACGCAGAAGAUGACAAACCCUCCUGCAGGCACAGACUUAGGUUGAUAUUCAUACAACCGAGCGAUAGUGUAAAAGAAUAAAAUAUGAGGAUCUGCAGAACUUGAAAUUGACUCUUCAACCUUGUUUCUUUCUUUGAUAAGGCUCCAGGGGAACAGAAAAGCAGAAGAACAUGGAAGGACAGUCUAAGCGUUUAAAGCCUCAAAGUUGGUAACAAGUUUGCUUCGUCUGCUUGAUUUACUGCACCCCUGAAGAGCAAGAUGGCGAGACUCCAAAAAGUGUAUGAAACAACCACUGGCAGUGCGUCACAAAUGAACUAAAUCUGUCCCUACACACAUUGCCACCAGAUCCAUACGACCUGUCAAAAUCCUGCAUAUGGAACCAAACAUCAAAAUCUUCACAUUUAUGAUUUCUUAAUGCAUUUGAUACCCAGUACAAAGUUACAGUAGUUUCUAGCUUUGAGCCCUCACCUUUUUUAUAAAGCGGCGUAUAUCGGUUGAUCAGUGGCUUCAAAUAUAUCGAGAGCCUUUGCAGCUAAGUGAAGUGCAUCUUGCUGCAUUUUGUGGAGCAUGUCCGUCUCGCCUACGAUUGCUUUACCCUCUAGCAUCGCCGAAUAAAGCUUUGUUAUCGAGGAAGGAGCAUGAAGAGAAGGGCAGUGGGAGACUGAAGGCCUCUGUGAUGGAAGGAUUAUAUAGAAAAAUGAACCGAGGAAGUGGAUGCUGCUGGCUUAUUCUGCGAGGGUGAAGUCUGAACCCAAGCGUGUCUGGUCAUCAACUGGUGCAAUGGAUUAAAGCCGGGUGGUUGCGUGAAUACAAUGGAGUUUGUUGGACCCAUAUGAUCGGAGCUGGCUUACAUAUGCUAAAAGAUCAACGGUUCUGUGUGCACAACUGCACAGUGUGGGCAAAAGCAGCAAAGGAGAUGAAAACUAUAUCUGGGUCCUCGUUAUCCUGGGGAUGUAAGAGUUUGUGGUAGUAUGACUCGUUUUGUUUCAUUAAUUUGAUUAGUGUCUUUUUUUCCUU